AACAAACCGACUGUACUUGAUCUUCGUCAUGUACGUGAAGUUCAAACGUUGGAUUUCAAAUUAUCGGCAAUUCAAAUAGGAGACAAAUGGAAACGAGAUAGGGAAAUCCAAAAUUUUGACCCACUGAAAAUUCUUGUCAUCUCCCAUGGGACUCAGUUCACACUCAAGGAAUGGACACUGCUGUUUGAAUCAGCUGAGGCAUGUCGUCUUUGGUGUCAAGGUGUCCACAAUUUGAUGCUUGAUACAAGGGAUCGGUUUAUUUCCAGUCAUACAGCCCGUAUCGACCGCUUUAUUGCCAAACAUUUUUACAACCUGGUAACUCCAGGGACUGAAUUUGUAGCGAGAAAGCAUAUGAAACCAUUCGUGCAGACCUCUCUUCAGUACAAAGUCUCGUCAAGACAGCUGCAAGAAGUCACCGAGGAUCAGAUGAACUUGUUACAAUUUUCUCAGGCUACCAGGAAUUUUAUACACUCACCAGCGUUUUGUGAUUUCCUGUUUUCUCGCGAAAAUUCAUUAUGGGAUUCGAUGAACGAUAAAGUCAUUCAAGAUAUGACAAGGCCACUCUCACAUUACUGGAUUGCCAGCAGUCACAAUACGUAUCUUACUGGUGAUCAACUACGUUCAGAGUCUUCCCUGGAUUCCUAUGCUCAAGCGUUAUUGAUGGGAUGUCGGUGUAUUGAAUUGGACUGCUGGGAUGGCCAACGUAAAGCGAAUUCGCAGGAGUUCCUCGAUAUUGUCAUUUACCAUGGCUAUACGAUGACAUCUAAGUUGCUCCUCCGCGAUGUACUUAGCGUCAUCAAGCACUACGCUUUCAUAACCAGCGUGUAUCCGGUCAUACUUUCCAUUGAGGACAACUGUUCGGUGCCGGCCCAACGAUUACUGGCCCAGGAAAUCAAGGAGAUUCUCGGCGAUGAUCUGCUGGUUCAACCGAUUAAUGCCUCAGAAACACAGUUGCCUUCUCCAGCAGCACUUAAGAAGAAGAUCAUCCUCAAGCAUAAGAAGUUACCGAUAGAAAAUGAAGAUCUGGCCACUUUUGUCACCAGCACAGAUGAGUUCCAAGAUACUGAUAUUCUGUCUCGAGAAUGUAUCAAAAAAGGUGUUCUCUCGCUGAAAGAUGGAGUUCGACACGAAUGGUUGCCCCAUGUCUUCGUGCUAUUUCCUGAUAGAAUUUGCUAUUUACUUGAGUCAUGCGAUGAUUCACCUAUGAAGGAUGACAAAGAUGAUACCAUAAGUAUAAUGGGAGACGAUGAGAAAGAGGACGAACCGUUUGCUGGAUUCGGUAUUCGACCCGAGGAGCAGCACAUCACGGAAGAAUGGUUUCAUGGGCAUUGUGAACGCGAUGAAGCGAAAGAGCGAAUAUUACAGCAUAAAGCAAAGGGAAACGGGUUGUUUAUGGUCAGAGAUUCAAAUCUUUUUAUUGGUGAUUAUUCACUGACAAUUCUUCAUGACGAGAAAGUUCAUCAUGUACGAAUCAAGACAAGAAUUGUUGAUAAAGAGAAGAAGUACUACUUUAUGGAAAAUAAAAUUUGCGACACGCUGUACGAGCUGGUAUCGUACUAUACUCGUAACUAUCUCACCACUCCAACGUUCAAAAUGAUUCUCACCACUCCAUGUCCUCAACCGCAACCUCAUCUUAAUCAGCCGUGGUUUUGGCCGACAGCUGACAAAGCGAAAGCAGAAGCCCUUCUGAGUCAAGUACCAGAAGAUGGGGCAUUUCUGCUGAGAUACUCGAGUACUGACAAAAGCGUCUUCGUCUUGUCAAUCAGGUGA